GUGUGUAAUGAACAAUUUUUAGAUAACCAAAUAUCUGAUGAUUGGGGAAGAGUUAAAUAACACAAAGCUUAGAUAGCUACUACAAAUACUUUCAGAGAAUAUUUAGUGACAUGGGAAAAUUCUCAUGAAAAGUUAGAGAAACUGGCUUUAAAAUUAAAUAAGUAAUAUGAAUAAAUAACAUUUUAUAAAAACAAUUUAUAAAAUAUUAAUGAUAUAGCAAAGAAUAACACCAGAAAGAAAUAUCAAAAUGUCAACAGUUGGGGUUGUUUCUGGAUGAAAGGAUCAUAGGUGCUUCUUCUUUAAUACGUGUGUACUGUUUACACAUAUACAAGUGCAUACCCAUGCAUGUACACACAUACUCAGUGGCUAAACAACUCUUAUUUGGUUUUUUUUUAAUUGAAGUGUAGUUGAUUUACAAUAUUGUGUUAGUCUCAGGUGUACAGCAAAGUGAUUAAGUUAUAUAUAUAUAUAUUUUUUUCAGGUUAUUUUCCAUUACAGGUUAUUAUAAGACAUUGAAUGUAGUUCCUUGUGCUAUACAGUAUAUCCUUGUUGCUUAUCUAUUUUAUAAAUAGUAGUGUAUAUCUGUCAAUGCCACUCCUAGUUUAUCCCUCCCCCCUUUUCCCCUUUGAUAGCCAUUAGUUUGUUUUCUAUGUCUGUGAGUCUGUUUCUGUUUUGUAAAUAAAUUCUUUCAUAUUAUUUUUUAGAUUCCACGUAUAAGUGAUGUCACACAGUACUUGUCUUUCUCUGACUUAUUUCACUAAGCAGAAUAUCCUCUAGAUGCAUCCAUGUUGCUGCAAAUGGCAUUAUUUCCUUUUUUGUGGCUGAGUAAUAUUCCGUUGCAUACCACAUCUUCUUUAUCCAUUCCUCUGUCAGUGGACACUUAGGUUGCCCGCAUGUCUUGGCAGUUGUAAAUAAUGCUGCUGUGAAUAUUGAGGUGCUCCAAUCUUUUCAAACUAGAGUUUUCAUCUUUUCUGGGUAUAUGUCCAGGAAUGGGAUUUCUAGGUCGUGUGAUAGUUCUGUUUUUAGUUUUUUUAAGGAACCUCCCUACUGUUUUCUAUAGUGGCUGCUCCAAUUGACAUUCCUACCAACAGUGUAGGAGGGUUCCCUUUUCUCCACAUCAUAAGUGCCUUUUAAAAAACAACUUCAUUGAAGUAUAAUUUACACGCCAUUAAAUGCCUCCAUUUAAUUGUAUGAUUCAAAGAUUUUUAAAUAAAUUUAGCAAGUCGUGCACCACCACCACCACCAUCUAGUUUGGAACAUUUCCAUUCACUAUGGCUGCUUUUUAUUCUUCUUCGUGGUGAUUAGUUUACUGUGGGGAGAAGUUAUUGUUAGAAAGACAAAUACAUAGUAAUUUCUUCAUUUACUAGGAAUUAUAAGUAAAAUUGAAAAGUAAUACAACUUAAGCUAAAACUGGAAAGUAAUAUAAUUAACAAGAAUAAAAAUUACUUAACUCUUUGACUUGGUACUGUUAAGUACCUUAGGACUGUUUUCUAAAACAGUCACUGGAGUUGUAAACAAAAAUUUACUUAUGAUGAUGUAUAUCACAGCUUUGGUUUUGAUACCAAAAUUUAUAAAUCUGCCCAACAAUAUAGAAAUAGUUGAUUUAUGGUAUGUAUCUAAGAUAGCUUCCAUAAAAAUAUUUUCCAGGGACUUCCCUGGUGGUCCAGUGGCUAAGACUCUGCACUCCCAAUUGCAGGGGGCCCAGGUUCAAUCCCUGGUCAGGGAAUUAGAUCCUUCAUGCCACAACUAAGGACUCAGCUCAGCCAAACAAAUAAAUAAAUAUUAAAAAAAAAAGUUUUCCAAAAUAAUAUGAAAAAUAAUAUAGAUGUAUAACUGAAUCACAUUGCUGUACAGCAGAAAUUAAUACAACAUUGUAAAUCGAGUAUAACAAAAUUUUUAUAAAUAAAUAAAUUUUAAAAAUCUUACUGGUGAAAAAAAAUGUUUUCCAAGAAUGUUUAAUGAUAAGAUGUUAAAGACAAAAUGCUGACAUAAAAUGCAAGAUAGAUAUUAUGAAUAUAGUAUGGUUUCAGUUUUGAUAAUCUUACAUUCCAUUACAGGUCAUAUAUAUAUAGAAGAAAGCCUGGGAAAAAAAACCAAGACAAGAGCCCUGGUUUUGAGAUUAUUUUGUUAUUGUUAUGCAGUUCUGUAUUUUCUGAGGUGAACAUGAACUACUUUUCUAUUAGAAAACAUUUUUUAAAGACCGGGUCAGAGGACUUAAGAGGUCACCCAGGACGGGUCUGGAUGCAGAGGAUGACUGUGGGAAUCUUCGCAAAUUGUACCUUCUGUUUGAAAGUCAAGCACUUAGCUCGUCAACAGAAGAAAAAGCUACAAACUGACAUUAAGGAAAAUGGUGGACAUUUUUCCCUUUUAUUAAAUGCUCAGUGCACACACAUAAUCUUAGACAACGCUGAUGUUCUGAGCCAGUGCCAACUGAAGUCUAUGCAAAAGUACCAUAUUCAUAUUGCAAACCCAGAUUUCAUAUGGGAAUCUCUCAAAGAAAGGAGACUGCUCGACGUAAGGAAUUACCAUCCCAGUAAGUCCCUGGACUUCGCACCAACUCCCCAUCAAGAGGCAAGCAGCUCUGAAGUGAAAACGGAUGAUCCACCCCUGGACAAUUCCACGGAGAAGGAAGACGCUGUUGAACUCACUAAGUUUUAUACAGAGAAUGUUGAAAUUCCUCAUUUUCCUCAAGAUUUCGAAGUUGCAAAAUAUAACACGUUGGAAAAAAUUGGGAUGGAGGGAGGUAAGGAGACAGCCGUGGUGGAGCUGCGGUGCCCCCGGGACCCCGGGGGCCACAGGGACCACGGCUUCCUGAUAUCCACACACUUCCUCCUGGCUGACGGCAUCGAGACCAGGAGGCAGUUCUGCUUAAAGAAGACCUCUGCAGACGCCAGUGAAUACUAUGAAAAGCACGUGGAAGAGCUGAAGAAACAAGGGUUUCUCCUAAGAGAACAUUUUACACCAGAAGCAACCCAGUUAGCAUCUGAGAAACUGCAAGCAUUGCUUUUGGAGGAGGUGAUAAACUCAGGCGCUCUGAGCCCAGAGGUGAGCAGUCUGGUGGAGAUGCUGUGGGCGGAAGCUCUUGGCCGCCUGGAGCACACGCUGCUCAGGCCUGUGCACGGGAUGAGCCUCAAUGACGUGAGCAAGGCAGAGGGAAUUCUCCUCCUAGUAAAGGAAGCGCUGAGAAAUGGAGAGACAGAGGAACAAGUGCAGGCGAUGAUGAGUGAGUUCUGCAGGCUAAUACCGCACAGAGCCGCCCGGGCCGAGAAGAUCAGCCUGAGACUGCUGGCGAAGGAGGAGGACCUCUGCCAGCUAAUCAGAGACAUGCUUAAUGUCUGUGAAACUAAUUUGUCCAAACCCAACACACCAUCUCUUGCCAAAUAUCGAGCUUUGAGAUGCAAAAUUGAGCACGUUGAACCGAACACUGAAGAGUUUCUCAGAGUUAGAGAAGAGGUGUUGCAGAAUAAUCACAGUAAGAGUCCAGUGGACAUCUUGCAGAUAUUCAGAAUUGGCAGAGUGAGUGAAACCACAGAGUUCCUGAGCCACCUUGGCAACGUGAAGUCCUUGCUGCAUGGGUCCCCUGUGCAGAGCUUUGUAGGAAUCCUGUCCCGUGGGUUGCUUUUACCCAAAGUAGUUGAAGAUCGUGGCGUGAAAAGAACAGACGUUGGAAAUCUUGGGAGUGGAAUAUAUUUCAGUGAUUCACUCAGUACAAGCGUCAAGUACUCAGGCCCUGGACAGACAGACGGCACCAGGCUCCUGGUCGUCUGCGACGUGGCCCUUGGCAGGUGCGUGGACGUGUGUGAGAGAGACUUCUCCUUGACGGAAGCACCACCCGGGUGCGACAGCAUCCACGGCGUGCGAGGAACAGACGCUGUCACCUCGGACUUUGAGGAUGAUGAAUUUGUUGUAUAUAAAACCAGUCAGGUUAAAAUGAAAUAUAUUAUUAAAUUUUGUAUACCUGGAGAUGAAAUAAAGGACUUUCAUCCUUGUGAUACUAUGGAAUUAGAGGAAUAUAGACCUGAGUUUUCAAAUUUUUCAACAGUUGAAGAUCACCAGUUACCAGACAGCAGACCUUUCGGUGACAUCAAGGCCGGUCUCCAGGACCCCUCUGGGAAUUCAGUUCCUCUUGAGGAUGUUCACAUCAAGGGGAAAAUAAUAGACUUUGUAGCCCAGGUCAUUGUGUUUCAAACAUACACAAACCACAGUCAUGUGCCCAUUGAGGCAAAAUAUGUUUUUCCCUUGGACGACAAGGCGGCCGUGUGUGGUUUCGAGGCUUUCAUCAACGGGAAGCACGUGGUGGGAGAGAUUAAAGAGAAGGACACGGCCCAGCAAGAGUACCGGGCAGCAGUCAGGCAAGGCCAUGGCGCGUACCUGAUGGACCAGGAAGCACCCGACGUUUUUACCGUGAGUGUUGGGAACUUACCUCCUAGGGCUAAGGUCCUGAUCAAAAUUACCUACAUCACGGAACUGAGCAUCCAGGGGGCCUGCGCGGUCUUCUUCCUGCCCGCCAGCGUGGCGCCCUGGCAACGGGACAGCGCUUUGAAUGAGAAUAUUCAGGAUACCGUGGAGAAGAUUUGUAUAAAGGAAAUAGGAACAAAGCAAAGCUUUUCUCUGAGUUUGUCUAUUGAAAUGCCACACGUGAUUGAAUUCAUCUCCAGUGAUACACAUGAACUGAGAGAAAAGAGAACAGACUGCAAAGCUGUAAUCAGCACCGUGGAAGGCAGCUCCUUAGACAGCAAUGGAUUUUCUCUCCGCAUCGGGUUGUUUGAUGCAUAUCUCCCACGAAUGUGGGUGGAAAAACAUCCAGAAAAAGAAAGCGAGGCCUGCAUGCUGGUUUUUCAACCAGAUCUUGACGUCACCCUUCCCAACCAAGCUGAGAGGAGCGAAGUGAUUAUCUGUCUCGAUUGCUCCGGUUCCAUGGAGGGUGAGACAUUCUUGCACGCCAAGCAAAUUGCCUUGUACGCGCUGUCCUUGGUGGGUGAGGAGCAGAGGAUAAACAUCGUCAGGUUUGGCACAGGUUACAAGGAGUUAUUUUCAUACCCUAAGUACAUCAUGAGCAAUAAUAUGCCAACAGAGUUCAUUACGUCUGCAACACCUACCAUGGGAAACACAGAUUUCUGGAAAGUGCUCCAAUACUUAGGGCUACUGUGCCCUUCCCAAGGGCUUCGGAACAUCCUCCUGAUAUCCGAUGGGCACCUCCAGAGCGAGAGGCUGACGCUGCAGCUUGUGAGGAGCAACGUCCAGCACACCAGGCUGUUCUCCUGCGGCGUGGGUUCUACAGCAAAUCGUCAUAUCUUAAGGACCGUGUCCCAGUUUGGUGCUGGAGUAUUUGAAUAUUUUAACUCAAAAUCCAAACAUAGCUGGAAAAAACAGGUAGAAGACCAAAUGGCUAGGCUGUGUUCUCCGAGUUGCCACGCGAUCUCCGUCAAGUGGCAGCAGCUGAGCACAGACGCCCCUGCGCCCCUGCAGGCCCCCGCCCAGGUGCAGUCCCUUUUCCACAGUGAGCGACUCCUGGUCUACGGAUUUAUUCCUCAUUGUACACAGGCAGCUCUAUGUGCGUUAAUUCAAGAGAAAGAAUAUUCCACAGUGGUAUCAACUACCGAGCUUCAGAAGACAACAGGAACGAUGAUUCACAGGCUGGCGGCGCACGCUCUGAUCAGAGAUUAUGAAGAUGGCAUUCUCCAUGAAAACGAAGUGAAUCACGAGAUGAAGAAGCAAACCCUGAAAUCUCUGAUUAUUAAACUCAGCAAAGAAAACUCUCUCAUAACACAGUUUACAAGCUUUGUGGCCGUUGAGAAAAGGGAUGGUAACGAGUCACCUUCUCCUAAUAUCCCAAAUAUUUUGAAACUUAUUGCCGAAGAAGACGUAGAUUUUCUGCCGUACAUGAGCUGGCAGGGGGAGCAGCCAGAUGUCCACAUGACACAGGCUCUCUCAGCAUCCUCAGAAUGGAACAAAAAACUGAAAUGGAAACGUCGGACCAAACGGAAAUGUAGACCACCUAAGCGGGGAGUUUCUGAAGAUUCUGACAUGUUUAGCUUGGGUUCCCCACAAUCUAACCUGGAAGUUUCUGAAGAUUUUAUCUUGGGUUCCCCACAAUCUAACCUGAAAGAUUCUGAAGAUUUUAUCUUGGGUUCCUCACAAUCUAACCUGGAAGAUUCUGGAGAUUUGAUCUCGUGUUCCCUACAGUCUAACCUGGGAGAUUCUGAAGAUUUUACCGAAGUUUCUGCACUGUCUGUUCUGGGAGCUUCUGAAGAUUUUGAAACGGGCUACGUAGGUUCCCCGUUCAGAGAAGAAUCUGAAACACUCAGUUUUGAAAGCGUGGGUGUGGAGGAGACAUUGGGUUUAGAUCAGAUGGAGUCAUUUCAACGAAUAGGAGCUAAACCACUGUUUGCAGAAGCCGUUUCACAAACAAAGGCUGUUGGCAGUGUUUUUGCUGCCCACGGUUCCCACCAUUUCCAAGCUGCUCCCUCUGUUGGUUCCGCUUCCCUCUGUCUUCCCAGCUUAGCUGCUUUGGGUUCUUCUGCUGGUCACAAACGGUUCUGUUCCUCUAAGAAUGACCGAGGCCUCGAGACAGGCAGUUGUGCUGACGUUUCCCUUGAGAGGAGGUCUCCUCCCAGGCUGCCUCCCCAGGGCCCAUGUUUGGGAUUGGGUUCUGGUUCUGCUCUUUCAGGUACCUUGUUUAGCUCCAAAUCACAGCCACCUCUAAUUGACCAAAGUGAUGCCACGCCCAACAGUGCUCGCCUUCCCUGUGGGGUGGGCUCUGGCCCACCCCAGCAUCUUUAUUUCCUUCCUCCUGGAGCUCCUCCCACUGGGCCACCCAUGGGGUUUACCUUUUCUCCUCCUCCUCCUCCUCCUCCUCCUCCUCUUCCUGGAGGUUCUCUCAUUCCUCCUCCUCCUCCUCUUCCUGGAGGUUCUCUCUGUCCUCCUCCUCCUCCUCCUCCUCCUCCUCUUCCUGGAGGUUCUUUCAUUCCUCCCCUUCCUCCUCUUCCUGGAGGUUCUCUCUGUCCUCCUCCUCCUCCUCUUCCUCCUCUUCCUGGAGGUUCUUUCAUUCCUCCCCCUCCUCCUCUUCCUGGAGGUUCUCUCUGUCCUCCUCCUCCUCCUCCUCCUCCUCUUCCUGGAGGUUCUUCCAUUCCUCCCCCUCCUCCUCUUCCUGGAGGUUCUCUCUGUCCUCCUUCUCCUCCUCUUCCUCCUCUUCCUGGAGGUUCUCUCCCUCCUCCUCCUCCUCCUCCUGUUCUUGAAGGUUCUCUCCCUCCUCCUCCUCUUGCUGGAGGUUUUCUCUCUUGUCCUCCUCCUCCUCCUCCUCUUCCUGGAGGUUCUCUCCCUCCUCCUCCUCCUCCUCUUCUUCUUGGAGGUUCUCUCCCUCCCCCUCCUCCUCUUCCUGGAGCCCCUCCCCCUUGUCCACCCAUGGGGUUUACCUUUUCUUCUCCUUCUCCUCCUCUUCCUCCUACUUCUCUUCCUCCUCUUCUUUCUCCUCUUCGUUCCUCUCCUCUUCCUUUUCCAAAUAUCCCAGCUCCUUUGAGCACCAGGUACAAGCUGCCAGUGGAUCCAUCUGGCCCUGCAGGCAGUGCCUUCGGGGAUUUUCCUGCAUUAAAUUUGUCUGCCAGAACUCCAUCAUCACAUCCUCUCCAGUGUGAUUUUUUAUUUCAUGAAUGUUCUUCUGAAACAGACGGCCUGGUCUACAGGAGGAGCUUUGUGCCUUCAACUGAACUCUUCAGGCUACAGACUGAGGAUGGCUGCUGGAAACUUACGCGAGAACUGGGAUUUAUAUUAAAACUUAAUACAGAUAUUUUAAACAGAUUUCUUGCACAAAAAGGCAUUCGAUCUCUAGGUGUAAGAGGAAGAGAGUGCCUUCUAGACCUGAUCGCCACGUUUCUGGUGCUACAGUUCCUUCGCACCAAGUUGGAACAGGAGGGAAUAGUCAUCAAAUCACUGAUGCGACUGGAUGAGGCUUCCGUUUCCAGGAAUAUCCCCUGGGAUUUUGAGAAAAUAAAGAAAGCAAGUGAAUGGCUAAGAAGAACUGAAGGACAGUAUCCAUCUAUCUGCCAACGGCUCGAGCUGGGGAAGGACUGGGACUCUGCCACCAAACAGCUCCUGGGAAUCCAACCCAGAAACACCACUUCCCCUCUUCACGGACUUCUUAAGUACAGUCAAGGCUGAAUCAGAUGAAGUUGUCUUUCAAACUUUUUUCAUGUUUCCAUGUAUACAAUAAUCAGAUACUAGUAGGUACCUAUAAUGAAAUCUAAUUAUGAUUUUAUUCACUGUAGCAAUCACUUUAAAAUAAAUGGAAACAGUCUAUUGUUUUAAUGAACUAACAAGCUAUUAUAAAAUAAAAAUUCUAGGGGACUCUCUGGCAGUCCAGUGUUUAGGACUCUGAGCUUUUACUGCCAGGGGCCUGGGUUCCAUUCCUGGUUGGGAAACUAAGAUCCUGCAAGAAUAUUACAGACUUUGAAUACUUUAAGGCGAUGAGAGAUGCAUUGGAUGGUCCUGGCAGCUUAUUUCCUUUUCCCCUCUCAGGAGUCUGGCAGGGAGCCAGCCCAGCCAGACUGAGCAAGUUGGGAGGAAACUAGCCUGUUUCCGGGCCUGGGUGUCGAACCUUGGCCCUCGGUGUGCAUGCUCCCUGGCUUGGACCUUCAUCUGUAGACCCCUGCACACCUUAUUUUUUUUUUUUUUGGCUGUGUCACCUACCUUCCGGCAUCUCAGUUCCCUGACCAGGGGUCGAACCGGCCCCGGCUCUGAAGUGAACGUGCAGAGUCCUAACCACUAGACUGCCAGGGAAGUUCCUGGACACCUUUCUUGUUGCUUAGAGGAACCAGGUGUCCCAAGCAAUUCUUUGGUGGAUCUUGCUUUUGGUGUUGCAUCUAAAAUCUCAUCACCAAACCCACGGUCAUCUACAUUUUCUCCUAUGUUAUGUUCUGAAAGUUUUAUAGUUUUGCAUUUUUUGCUUAGGCCUCUGAUCCAUUCUGAGUUUUCCUUGUGAAGGUAGUGAGGUCUCUGUCCACCUUCUUCCACAUGACCCCUUCCAGGCCAUUGCCGCCCUGCCUUUGCAUAGGACCCAGUGUCUUUCAGAUACCUUCUUGGCUGUCCUCCCACCUGCCCUGCCGUGACCCCACACACACGUGGUUCAUGCUUUCCUUCCUGCUGUGGGGCCUGCCUGCAUCUCCAGUGGCUCCCAACACCCUGAUGAGGGACCCUGUGAGCCUGCUGGUGCCCGAGGGGACGGGAGGCUCCUGAGGAGCUGGAAAGAGGCCUCCUCUGCCUGUCUCCCUGGGAGGCUGUCAAGAGACGAUUCUCAUCACCUCCCAAUUCUGAUGAGGCAGGAGACUCAGGACAGAGCUGCCAUGACCUGUCCCACGACUCACACUGCAGACGUCCAGCUCCUUUUGGGGCACGGGCCCAGGGCCAAGGGGAGCUGGCAUCUUUGCCACUCUUCCUCUUGCUGUUUAUAUAAGUACACACCAUCUAAAUCUAAAACGGGCUUGUUAUAUCUUUGCUGGCCAAAUCAGUCAGAUCUUGGCCUUGGCCUGGCCUGCUUGUUUGCUUGAUGUAAUGACAGAGGACAAACCAGGUACCUGCUUACAUUGUUACAGGAAACAUAUACUAGUAAAAGAAAAUUUGGCAAUAUUUAUCAACAUUUAAAUCACUAUGUAGUGAUCAUUUCAUGAUGUAUAGAAAUAUCAAAUUACUGUGUUGUGCACCAGGAACUAAUAUAGUGUUGCAGGUCAAAUAUGCUUCAAAAACAAACAAGCAAACUCAUGGAAAAAGAUCAGAUCUGUGGUUACCAGAGGUGGGGCUGGGGGGAGGGGAGAUUCAAAAGGUACAAACUUCCAGUUAAACAGUAAAUAAGUCCUAGGGAUGUCAUGUACAGCAUGAUAAAUGUAAUCAACACUGCUGCAUGUUAUACAUGACAGCUGUUCAGAGAGUAAAUCCUGAGCGUCUCAUCACGAGGAAGCACGUUCUUCUCUUAUCCUGCAUCUACACAAGGUGAUGGAUGGCCGCUGAACUCACUGUGACCAUCACUCCAUGGUGUUUGUGAGUCAGCAUGAAACUUAUACAGAGCGGUAUGUCAAUUACAUCUCAAUAAA